AUGGAUAGGAUUAGAGGUUUGUUGAAAUUGUCUGCACUUGCAUUUGUUUUGUUCGUAGGUUUAGCUUCCAUUUCAUUGCCAAGAGCUCGGGGAUGGAGCAAGGAGGGUCAUAUAAUGACUUGUCGGAUUGCGCAGAAUCUUUUAGGGCCCGAGGCAGCACAUGCUGUAGAAAACUUGUUACCUCACGAUCUCAAUGGUGACUUAUCGGCUCUCUGCACAUGGCCUGACCAAAUCCGGCAUUGGUAUAGAUACAGGUGGACUAGCCCACUUCACUUCAUUGACACACCAGACAAAGCCUGCACAUUUGAUUAUUCAAGGGAUUGUGUGAAAGAUGCUUGUGUUGAUGGUGCCAUCCAAAAUUUUACAUCUCAGCUCUUGCACUACAGGGAGGGCACUGCAGAUCGUCGAUAUAAUUUGACAGAAGCCUUGCUAUUCUUGUCCCAUUUCAUGGGAGAUAUUCAUCAGCCAAUGCAUGUUGGAUUCACUAGCGAUGAAGGAGGAAACACCAUUGAUUUACGCUGGUAUAGACACAAAUCUAAUCUUCACCAUGUAUGGGAUAGGGAGAUAAUUCUUACAGCUCUAAAAGAUUUCUAUGACAAGGACAUGGAUCUCUGGCAAAAAGACAUAGAGGGGAACUUCACUGAUGGAAUAUGGUUUGAUGACGUAGCCUCAUGGAAAGAUUGUGGUGAUAUCCUUUCAUGUCCAGACAAGUAUGCCAAAGAGAGCAUAAACAUAGCUUGCAAAUGGGGUUACAAAGGCGUCAAGGAAGGUGCAACUCUAACAGAUGAUUACUUCGAUUCAAGGAUGCCAAUUGUCAUGAAACGUAUUGCUCAAGGCGGAGUUCGCUUAGCCAUGUUCUUGAAUCAGAUUUUUGGGGAUACUGAAGAAGGGUUAGCGUCACCAACAUAA